CACUCUGCAUUGGUGAUCGUAUCCCGCUAGUUCUCGCAUCAAUCAUUAAAAAAUAUUGCGAAUCAUCGUGACUACGAUAGCCCAGCCCAGUAAGACCAGACGUUGGGUUGAUACGAUUUUCCUUGACAAAUAAAUUAGUGAUAUAGUAGUCGCUGCGGCAACGGCUGUUAGUGGAAUUGUGUAAAAAUACAUCUUUAGUUAUUGAACAAACUUUAUUGCAAUGGCUGAUGUGCGCAGACGGAAGUUAAAAGAUGAUAGCUCGGCACCGAACAUCAACAUACGGAGUAACAGAGUGCUGAAACCUCCGCGUCGGCUUAAGAAGACAUUCAUUCUACUCAUUGUAGCUGCAUUAUGCAUGACAUAUUUUAUGGGUCUGUUCGCGGGCCAGACACAGUGGUUCGAUGGUCUGGCCAAGAGCCUCGGGUACGAGAGCGAGCGCCACCACGCGGUCAUCAUAGACGCCGGGUCUUCCGGCUCCAGAGUACUAGCAUACAAGUUCCGGGUUCCUUUCACAUUAUUCGGACAGCCUAAUUUAGAUUUAGAGGAGGAAUACUUCGAGCAGUCAAAGCCGGGGCUGUCUUCCUUCGCCGACGACCCUGCCAAGGGCGCGGACACAAUAGUGCAGCUAAUCAAGAAGGCGGAGUUCCUGACGCCGCUGGAAAAGAGACGCAACACGCCACUUAUAAUUCGGGCUACAGCGGGCCUGCGACUACUGCCACAGGAAAAGGCGCGCAAGCUGCUAGCGGCCGUUUCAGACGCAGUCGACAAGCUGGGGUAUGAUACACGCGCCGGUAUAGAGAUUAUGGAUCCCGCGGAUGAAGGCAUCUUCAUCUGGUACACCAUCAACCUGCUACACAAUAUAAUGGAGGGUGAAACUAUGGCAGCUCUAGACCUGGGCGGGGGCUCCACCCAGAUCACAUACCAGCUGUCCCCACACGACACUCCCAAGUUUCCAGCCAAGGAUCUACACCUCGUGCCCACCAGCUCUGCCAACCUUACCGUGUACACGCACAGCUACCUGGGCCUGGGCAUGUACGCGGCACGUCACGGCAUCUUCAAAUCGGAGUCCGGCAACGACUCGCUGCACGUCACGUCCGUGUGCGUCGAGCCCAUCGUGGCGGGCGAGAAGUGGACGUACGCUAAUGUGGAAUACACUAUCAGCGGAGCCUCCCGGCCGGCGAACAUGAAGCGCGAGGCGGCGUUCGAGCGCUGCUACCGAGUCGUGAGCGCGUACGUGCGCGCCGCGCUGGACUGGGAGCCGCGCGGCCCGCCGCGGGGCAGGGUGGCCGCCAUGAGCUUCUUCUACGAGGUCGCCGCCGACGCCGGGCUCAUCGACGUAAUGAAAGGCGGCACCAUAUCGGUGUCGGCGUACCGGCAGGCGGCGCUGCGCGCGUGCGGCGCCAGCAACGUGGAGCAACCCUUCGCCUGCGUCGACCUCAGCUUCUGUCUGGCGCUGCUGCAGCAAGGGUACAAGAUCCCCGACCACUCGCCUGUCUCGCUAUUCAAGAAAGUGAACGGGCACGAAGUCUCCUGGGCGUUAGGGCUCGCCUACACUUCCAUUGUGAAUCGCCUCGCCGAGACCAAAGUGUAAACACGCCCUAAGUAUUCAACCUAGCCUAUAGGCUAUGCGAACCGUGGUGGGGGAACUAAAAGCACAAAUACUUGGUCUUAUGUCAGCCAUAUGAUUAAUUCAGCCGCCUGGUGGGCGCCACUGUCGUGCACGUAGUCAAUAUUGUAGCGGGUGAAAAGGAAGGAGUUCAGUAUCAGUGAAUUAAUAGAAGCCAGCGAGUCUUUAGGCAAAACAUUUGACGUAGUAAGUAUUUUUUAUUAUAAAUUAAUUUUUAACAAGCACUUGAACUCACGGCCUCUGGAUCGAUACUCCAGCGCUCUGCCAACUGAGCAACCAAGACCUCAUCCAUAGUCAGCAUAUUUUCCCACGAUAUUGGUCUAGGGGACCUUACCGACAUCUACCGUAAGAGCGUUAUACUUCUUAAACGGCUACCGCAGUUCCAAGUCAUUGGAAAUUCACCAACGGAAGUGGUACCCAUACUAAAUUAUUUUUAACAGGCAGAAACGUCUGCGAACAUUGCCAUUAUGCUCAGUUGGCAGAGCGCUGGAGUAUCGAUCCAGAUGCCGUGAGUUCUAAUCUCACCCGAGGCAGUAAUUUUUCCACUUUUAAAUUUAUUUGUUUUUUUAUUCCAACAUACAAAAAAAUGUAGUAUUAUUUUUAAUUAAACAGCGUACCAAACGGUAGCUAGUAUAAACUGAAACGAUGCAAACCUAUUGAUUUAUUUUGAAUUAAUGGUCUUGUGUAGGUAUUUAUUUGAUGAGUGAAACUGUUUAGCUAGACCAUUUUUCACAUUUCGAGUUGUGUAAUUCCGAAUAUAGUAUUAGAAUGUUUUGCCUAAAACUGUUUUGUGUAGAAAAUGUUAAAAGGCACUCUUAAAAGACCAAUUUUAAACCUUAUCGGACUUAAAUGAGCUCUAAUAUUGGUUGUUUAAUUGGGAAUAUUACGCAAAGCUUUACGUAAGGGGCGCCGCAAGCACAAACAGUAAACAUUGAUGCAUCAUGUCAAAAAUAAUUUGUAAAACUCGUCAAAAAUUUGUUUACGGCCAUUGACAUAUAUCUAAGGACGGGCCUUAUGGGCAAUAAGAAUGGGGCCAGUGAAGCGGUGUCACGCACACGAAUUGGAGCCAAUCGUGCAGUCUAACGCCACAACGCGAUUGGUUGAUAAGUUCGCAUCACGCGAGCGAUUGGUCGCAACUAUACUCAGUAUCUUUAGGUAUUUAAAAAAAAGUAAACAAACAAUUUGUACAUUUUCGGGUAGCUAUAACAUUUAUUGGUUAACCAACCAAAUACAAAACCGCCUGGAUCUGUCACUAAACGACCAGACUUUAACCUACAUUAUUUGAUCAUAUAAUGCUUUCAUCUACCCUCAACUGUCUUAAAGAGCCAUUUGAGGGUAGAUUUUGUUUACUUUUAUUUAAAUACCUAAAGAUACAGAGUAUAGUUGCGUAAUGCGUUAGACUACACGAAACUGAACUUGCACCAUUCUUAGUGCCCGUAAAGCCCGUCCUUAGAUAUAUGUCAAUGUUUUCGACGUAGUAUAUAUAAGUGACUCUAUAUGGUUUACGGUUUGAGCUAGUGCUGCACUCUAGCGGCAGUAAUACAGCCCGAUUCGACUUAAAGAUACGUCAAGAAAUUCGUACAUUACGAUAUAGAUUGGAUAAAAUGUCAGUGUCUAAAGUGAAGUUUUUGUUUGAAGAAACAUCUCUUUUGACACUCACAUAUCUAAUCCAUAUCGUAUCUAUGGAAGGUGGAGGUAAGGAAUGGAAUCUCCAUGUACCAAAAAGUGUCAUCAAAAAACCUUAAAUAGGUGGCGCUACAAUACCUAGAACACUUGAAAAAAAGAAUCAAAUCAUAGACAGCGCACUUCACUCCGUCAAUUACGCCUAGGUUCUUAGCUACUCUAGCGCUACUCUGGAGCGAUUUGGAACAUUUAUAGCUGACAGCUGGACACUUGCAACAGUUAUACUAUAAGAGAUUUCACUCCUUUUAAUUCCACACUCCAUAAUCGUAUCUUUAGCAAAUGUUUGACGUAUCUUAAAGUUCGAAUCGGGCCGUUACUCCUUAUUGCCAUCGUUUGGUAUUUAUUAGUUUCAUAUUUUUUAUGAAAACUUUUGAAACAGUGAUUUUAAACUGUAUAUAGUAUUAAAAACGUUGUGAAAAUGGGGUUUAUUUCGAGUGUUAUUAUUUUGUUAUUUAUGAGAUCCAAUUUCUUCCUUCUUACUGUUUUUUUGUUAUUAUUUAUUCCGAUUAUCUGAGAGAUACCUAGUGAAUAUGAUUUUGUGAGAUACUUAUGAUUAUUUUAAUAUUAAAUAAAUAGUUCAAUUUAUUUUUUGAUAUGAUUUUUAUUUAAUAAAUUAUUGAAUACACA